AUGUUUAUGCUCCUGCCUUGGUUUCUCCAACAGAUGGUGUGAACCUCAAAAUGAUUGAAGACCUGAAGGCCAUGAUUGACAACAUCUCUCAGGAGGUUGCUCUGCUGAAGGAAAAGCAAGCGCUUCAGACAGUUUGCCUGAAAGGCACCAAAAUCCACCUAAAAUGCUUCCUCGCCUUUUCGGAGAGGAAGACGUACCACGAGGCCAGCGAAAACUGCAUCUCGCAGGGGGGCACCCUCAGCACCCCCCAGGGCGGGGAGGAGAACGAUGCCCUCUACGACUACAUGCGCAAGAGCAUCGGCUCCGAGGCGGAGAUAUGGCUGGGCCUCAACGACAUGGCGGCCGAGGGCAAGUGGGUCGACAUGACGGGCGGCCCCAUCCGCUACAAGAACUGGGAGACUGAGAUCACCACCCAGCCCGACGGCGGCAAGCUGGAAAACUGCGCCGCCUUGUCGGGGGCCGCCGUCGGCAAGUGGUUCGACAAGAAGUGCCGGGACCAGCUGCCCUACAUCUGCCAGUUCAUGAUCGUGUGAGUGGUGGGGGGACUUCCCCCUCACCCCGGGCCUUGCCUGGGUCUUCCCCCCCCGCCCCCUUUGGCAGCAGGAUUAUGAAGCUAUAGGUACGUGUACAUGUACGUAUGCACACACACACACCACACGCGCACACACACGUUCAAGUAGGGUCACUCUUUGAGAUGAAAAGUCAUCACCAGAUUAGAGAGCAUUAGAGCAUUUCAUUUGGCCUCCUCCAGCCCCAUUAGCAGCUGCAUCGUUCUUACUAAGGCACAAGUUAUAGAGAUAUAUUAUAUUUUUGUUUACACAGGGCAUUUGUUAGGAUGGCUGGGUCAUUUCAGCAAAGAACCUGGCAAACAGCAGCCACAGCUGCCCGGGGUCUGUCACUCUGCAGUGUCCUUCCCAUCUUGCUGAGCUUCAUCAUAGCGAGUUCCCACUUCCUUCUCCUGUUUCGUCUUUCCCAUAAAGUGAGGGACACGGGACUGAGCUUCUCGUCCCUGACAGCCCCCCCCGAUUCAGGCUCCUCAGGCUCUAGAGGGAGUUGCUCCUCCUUUGUGUUGAGGGAUACAGUUGGUUGGGGACCAGCUGCUCAACAGGUUGUCCAACUCAUCCAACUAUGUACGUGAAUAAACUAGCAAGUAACAGGCAUGGGUUGACUUACCGAGAAGGAGGGUGUCCUUUCCAGAAUCAUGCGCCCUUUUGUUGGUCCUUGUCUCAUCAACCAGAAGCCUGUUUCACUGGUUUCAGUGGGAGAGCUAGGCACGCUGCCAGAUCUUUAAAAAAAAAAUAAAAGAAAAUAAAUAAUCCCAUCAGAGCAUUAUUUGUGCUCCGGCAUCAUGGGAGAAGCAGUAAUGACUUACAGCACAGUCAGUCAAACGUAUUCUUGGAAAUAGAAGAUGGAAAUAUUAGGUAAAUUAGGAAAUGUAAUGCUAUUAGGGACAAAAGACAAGCCCACUGAGAACAAACCCCAGGAAGACUCACUUUAGCAGCUUUAGGAAUCGUACAACCUUUUUAAGUGACGGAAACCCAGCUGAAACACUCCAGUCUUUCUCAGUCCGGGCACAGUCCUCAGCAAACAUGAAUCUGCCAAGUACUGUUUGUGCCAAUAAAGUAAUGCCCAGCUGAAGGUCUGGCCUCACUAAUUUUUUUCCUGAGAAAAGGGUUCAAGGAAAAAAAAAUAAUAUCUUGAAAUAAACAGCAAUGAUGGGAAAGAAGUGCAGACCACCCCAAGAGCUUAACGAAGCUUUGCUGGCUGUUGGCUGAAAGGUAUCAGUGCUUCUUUGCAGUUCAGAGCUUGGUAAUAACUCCUGCAGGUUGGGUGUCUCAAGACACGAUGCUCUUGGGGAGCCCACAGGAGAGGUUAUUUCAAUCUGCUGCUUUGCUUAAAAACAGCACGAUGGUGGGUCUUCCAAGACAUGGAGUGGGAGAGCCAAGCUGGAGGGGCCAAAACAUACACAUAACAUUAAAUGCAGAGGGCACACUUCCAAGGCUGUCACUAUUGCCAAACUCUCCGCUGUUCAAAUGACUAUGAAAUAAAAAUAUAUAUGGCUUGCUGAAGGAA